CUAACUGCCAUCAACUAGCAGCAGCAGCACCAGAAGGAGCAACAGCGCAGCGCAGCAGCGAAAGCAGCGCAGCAGCAGCAGCAGCAGAAGCAGCAGCAGCAGAAGAAGGAGCAGCAGCAGCACCAGCAGCAGAAGAAGGAGCAGCAGCAGCAGCAGCAGCAGCAGCAGCAGCAGCGCAGCAGCAGCGGCAGCAGCAGCGGCAGCGCAGCAGCAGCAGCGGCAGCGGCAGCAGCAGUGAGCAGCAGCAGUAGCUACAGCCAUCCCCAUCCUCCCCUCC